GAUUGUGGGCUAAAUUAAUGUGGUUGGCUCCCAAUUUGAUGAUUUUUACCCGUAGUGAGAUAGAAGUUGGGACGUCUGAGCUAGCCUCGACCCGCGUCUAGCUUCAUCUCGCUUGUAGUAUGCGUCCUCCCCUUUGGAAAAGAUCGACUCAUCCGGACCUGUUUUCGUUUCAGCUUCGAAGUUUAACCAAGAUGUCGGGUUAUGGCGGUAUCUAUAUUAUAGAAUAGUGUUCCCAGUGUUAAAAAUCUAAAUUCGGUUCGAAUUAACCCACCCCGUGCUGUGUUUUUCGUUAUUUCUCUCUCAAUCAAGUGCGUGUGUGUCAACCACCCUGCGUCAACAAUCGACGAUCGGCCACGUUUCGCCCCCCGGAAAACGCGUUUUGUCCCUAGAAAUUCGCCCAAAAUUGGUGUCUGUUCCUCGAUUCAUGUGCGUUGAGACACCCGGGGGGCCCUUCGUCGCUACAUACGUGGCCAAGCGCGCGCCAGCUACUUUCUCCGUUGCGAUCGAGGUGGCCUGGCAUACCAUGUAAUCGGGGGUGGUUUUUCCCAAUUUCCAGUGUUUGAGUGCGUGUAGAAUGGGGGGCAGAGUGAAAUCAGUGGGGGCCAAACAAUACAGUGGCGGUUAUACAGUGUGUUCAUGAAUUGAGAAAAUCACGAGUUUUUCGGCGUAAAUGUAUAUGAUAUGGAAAUACAUUCCGUGAGAAUUGAACAUGGGCCUGUACAAACUCCGACAAUGUCAUAUUCGCAAAGACAACCCCAGAAUCAUAGACCGAACCACAGCCAAGCCACGACGGACAUUUACAAGCCUUCGCGGUCGCCAUUGUCGACAACAGCCCGUUACUCCUACCCCGCAUCCCCCCAACUCCCCCAAUCGCAGCCCCCGACCAUCAGUCAGGUGCAAGUGUCUCAACGGUACCCUCCGGGAACGGCGAUCUACACUGGUGGUUAUCGUGACUACCGCCCCCAACGUAUCUCCCUCUUACAUCCCGAAUAUGCGAGCGGAAGGGCCCGGGAGACCCUCCCGGGUGGGGCGGGAGUCGUACAUCUCGACAGCGUCUCCCAGGGACAACAGCCCAUCAAGAAGAUACGCCUGCAGGAGCACAAGGAUAACACCCAACCUUUGAGGAUCGAUACGAGGGAGCAGCCGGGCACGUACAACCCCCAAGUGGAGGCUAUUUCGCCCACCUUCCCCGACCACCUCCAACAAGAAGAGCAAACGUUUCGUACGACCAAAGACGAGCUGAUCCAACAGAUCGGUAAAGUCGAUCGCGAGAUAGCAAAAGCCGAAAGUCAGAUAACGAUUUUAAAGAAGAAAGAAAAAGAAUUAGAAGAAAUAGCAAAUAAGCCGUCCGUUAAAUCCGAAGUUGAAGAAGAUGCCCAACCGAAGCAUCAAAGUCUUCCGCAGAAGAUCUAUGCGGAAAAUCGGAAGAAAGCGCAAAGUGCGCAUGCGAAAUUAGAUUCGUUAGGGCCGAAAGUCGAAUGGCCUUUGUACAAUCAACCGAGUGAUACAGCGGUGUAUCAUGAAAACAAAAGGAAACAUAUGGCUUUUAAAAAGCGACUUUUGGAGUAUUUUAAGCGAAGACAUGCAGAGAAAGACGCGAGAAAUGCCUAUUUGACAGAAACGUACAGUAAAUUGAUGCAAGAAUGGCUGAGAAAAGUCGAUAAGAUUGAGAGUAGUACGAAAAGAAAGGCGAAAGAGGCGAAAAAUAGGGAGUUUUUCGAGAAGGUGUUCCCCGAAUUGCGGAAGCAAAGAGAGGAUAAAGAAAGAUUUAAUCGUGUUGGUGCUCGCGUGAAGAGCGAGGCGGACAUGGAGGAGAUAAUGGACAACCUCCAAGAGCAAGCAAUGGAGGAUAAAAAAAUGCGUAGUUACGCCGUCAUCCCACCUAUUCUUCUCGAUUCAAAAGAACGCAAAAUUACCUAUCAGAACGACAACGGCUUCAUUGAAGACAUGGAAAUGGUGUACAAAAGUCGACAAUUUCUUAAUAUAUGGACUCCCAGUGAAAAAGAAGUUUUUAAAGAGAAAUACCUCCAACAUCCGAAAAAUUUCGGUGUGAUUGCUUCGUUCAUCGAACGAAAAUCGGUCGCGGACUGUGUUCAAUAUUAUUAUCUUAGCAAAAAGACCGAAAAUUAUAAACAACUUUUGAGAAAAUCGAGACAGAGGACGCGCUCGUCGAGGAACAACACGCAGAAGGUCAACAGUAGUGCAAACACUUCGGUUGUGGAUAUUUUAACGACAGGGGUUACGACUCGCUUGCAACGGGAGCAGCAACAGCAACGCACAGUCGUGCAGCAAAAUCGCGAGCCGACGACGGAGACGCCUCCGACGUCCACCGCCCCCACGUCCGUCCCAACGACUACGACGGCCGCCGCCACCACUACGACGGCGAGUUCGACGCCGCCAUCAACGAGUCCUUCAGCUACUUCAACAUCCGUGGCCGUUCCCACCACAGCGGCGACUGUUACAACCGCCUCCACGACGACGACAACAACGACUGUGGUUUCCAGUGGGACGCCGGUUAUGUCGACGGCGGCGUCGGUGGUUACGGCUGCAGCGCCGCCGACGUCGCCCAAACCUGCCGAUAAUGCCACCGUCGACGCCGACGCCACCAAGACGACCACCUUCAAUGAAUUCAAUUCGACAUUCGACGAUUAUCGAAGUCAAAAGUUUUUUGGGGACGACGCCAAGGGGGACGGUAGCGCGACGGCCGCUGACGCGGCCCACGAUGGCGUCGUCGUCACGGUAAAGAAAGAAAAUGAGCCGUCGGUACAGGAAGUCGCCAGUGGCGACCAGACGUCCUCUGCGACUCCAACGGCGAUCGCCGAAACUAAAAAGAAGAAAGAGAGGAGAAAAGACAAGGAGAACGCCAAUGUGGAAACUAGCGAUGAAGAAAAUGCCGAUAUACCAGAGAAAACCAUCCAAGGCACGUGUAUCGUGUGUCAAGCACAGUUGGGGCCUCAUCUGCAAUCGCGCCCUCUGGUGCCGAGUCAGGCGUCACAGUAUGGUUUGAGGGAGGAUCAAGUACCCGGCGGAGGUCGAGUCUGCAACACUUGUCGGUGUAAAUGCGUGAGGUCAAGAUACACGCAUUGUCCUCUCCCUUCGUGUCCCAAUUCACGUGGAAGGGUCAAAAGACUGCGGUCUUUCCCCCAAAGAUUGCAAGAUUUACCCCCGGAUGUCCGGGAGCCUCUCUUGGCGGAAUUCCACGUCCCUAGUGGGGUUACAAAAUGUUGUUCUGCUUGUUUUAAUCGAAUUCAACGGAGGUUAGGACCGGUUGAGGAAUGGACCGAAGAGGAAAUCAACCAAUUGAAGAAUUGUUUGACCGAAAACGGCGCUAAUUGGCAGCUGAUUGGUGAACGAUUGAAUAAACCGGCCAAUCAAAUUCGAGCGUUCUAUUCGGCCAAUAGAAAACGAUUGAAUUUGGAGAGUUGUCUAGGUGAUAGAAAGCCGACUUUGACUGAUGAGGAGGAGAGUGGAUCGAGCACGUCGAGUUGUGAGGAACCAAUGAGAGAUCGACAUUCCAGUGAUACAGCAAGUGCGGCCGAAAGCCCGCCUCAAGCUCCUCCCACUAAUCAAAACCCGUCAAAAAAGGAGGAUUAUGAUUCGUCAGCCACCGAAACCGCCGAUGAAGCCCAAACUCCCGAUCAUUACCAAGGCUCCGCCACCAUAACCCCCGUCACCAACGAUGGUCAAAUUCGUCAAAAUGCCUCCCCACUCAGCGUCAAAGAUUUGGUCCUCAACGUUAUUGAAUUCCAAUUGAUGAAAAAUCCGGGAGGACAAGUCCAAAAUCCUCCAACCAGCGGAAUGGCCCCCACAAUCUCCUCAAUCCUCAAUAACGACUCUUCUGAGGUGACAAUUGUGAGCGAAUACAACCUCAAUACACGCCCUCCACGAUCCGACAUUUCAUUGGCUAAACUUGUCACGCCCCUAAUCGGAGCGACCAUAACUCCAGUCCCGGCCACGCCUCAUCAACCACCGCCAGAACCUCGAAACGACCUCGUCGUCCUCUCUGUACAAGACCGCGAGCCGGAAACACUAGACCUUAGUAUAAAAAAGCCACGAGAACCGCCUCCUCCCGCCCACUCCAAACACCCACCAAUGCACCGCGAGUAUCUCCCUCACCACGCCUUUCCAAUUCGAACACAACCGAAACUCCCUUCACCCAAACCGGCCAAUCCCAAAUCAGGAUCGAUAACAUUGGGAACGCCCAUUAUCAACCAACCACGAUACGAGGGGCUACUCCGACAGAUGGCUCCAGAGACUAAAAUGGGAUCCAUAACACAGGGCACGCCCAUUCACAUGCCACACCUACAAGAAAAACGCGUGUAUGAGUUUUUUAAUAAGAGGGGACCUUCUGGAGCUCCACCUUCGGGGGGCUAUCAGUACCGACAACCGGCUGCUUACACCGUUGAGCAACAAUUGAAUUCGAGACAAAUCAUCAUGAACGAUUAUAUAACAUCGCAACAGAUGUUGGGAAGGAGGGACAAACCGUAUUACGCAAGGACUCCGCCCCCCACAAAUCAAAAUCAACAAAGACAAGGGGUUAUUCAGAGACAUACUCGCCCGUAUCUGCCUCCCGGUCACGAGGCACUUUCAAGUUUAGUGGAUGUGGCCGUCCAACAGCCCAGUUUGCCGGUUCCUACAGCCCCCCAUGAGGGUCUAGGUAAAACAAUGGCCGACAACAUCAUGGAACAACCUCACCGUUUCCAAAUCAUCCACCAACAACAAAUGCGACAACAGCAAAGAAUGGAGGAACAAAGACGCAUCGUUUAUCAGAAUUCGCGCCACCAAUCGCGUAACACUGAAACAUCUUUGACAGCUGCUAGCUUGAUCGAUGCAAUUAUCACCCAUCAAAUCAACCAGACGAGUGAAGGAGGCCGAGAGGUGAUCAAUAAUCCCCGGGAGCAACGACCCGGAGACCUCCUCUUUCAGAGUUUCCAUCGGGACCCUCCUCCUAAUCCUCCCAAUGACAAUGAGCGGCCCCCAAGUGUCAUUAGUAUUGAUCUCGAAUCGGAUACUGUCAAUAAAAAUUUGACAGUGAAAGAAUUGACAGAUUCAGUGAUAAGUCAUGAUUUUAGUACUCGAGGUCCGAAUUAUCACUAUAUGAGGAUUCCGAAGGAUGAUAAGCGCUCGGCUACGCCUCAACAAGACGAACGACAGAUAAUUCGCAUUGCGCAGCCGCAGAAGUAUCACGUGGAGCCGGUAUCUCCGCCGGAUAACCACUGGGGGCGCUACCAGCAACAGCCACAGAAUCAGCACAUCUCGGCGCUUGAUUAUGUGAAAAACCGGAUUGUUGAGGUUAUGAGGACUGAGGAUGACAAAAAGGAGGACAGUCAGGAGAAGGAGAGGAGUGACAGUCCUGGCGAAAUGGUGAUAGACGAAGAAGGGCAACAAUUUGGCCAUUGUUACACUGCCAAUGACAGUUCGAGGAAUAACGAGCCGAAGCCGUUGCUAUCUGCGCAGUACGAGCCGUUAUCGGACGAGGAUUAGAUUAGGUUAAUGUGAGGUUAGGUGCGUCCAAUAGGAUUCGAUUAAGUUUAAUUGUAGAUUAAUGUAAAUAACUUGUAUAAGGUUUUAUGUAAGGUUAGGGAUUAGUUUACAUAACCUCAAAAUUUGAUAUUUAUGUCAAAAUGGCGGCAAGUCCAGUUUGCAUUUCCUAAACAUGUGUUGCUAUCGCGUGCAAUCAGUGUCGAACAUUUUUUUUCUGGAAAUGUAAAUAAACCCAUUCAUUAUAUUUAGAGUGUAAGGGUAAUAACUUGUAAAUACUUGUGAAUUUUUUCCUCUUCUAUUUUUAAUUUUUAUUUCUGUUUUUACGAUGUAAUUUAAGUCUUUUGACGCUUUCACGUCUGUGCAAGACGAACUGAUGAUUUUUCUACACACUACAAGGACAAAUUAUACAAAAAUGCUUCCAAAAAUAUGUAUGUACACUGUCGAUUUUUUUAGUUUGUAUUUUCAGAUAGUAAUUUGUUAUUUUGUUGAAAUAAAUUAAAUAUCAGUUU